UGCGUGGAGGAACUGCGCGGCAGUCGAGGCCGCGAGGCUCAGUGCUAGAGAGCGUGGCGUCGCGAUGCGUCGCCUUCCGGUCGCUGCCGCACUUCCUCACGGCUUUUUCCCUCGUCCGAAUGUUUUUCUUCGUCGCGUUACUCUCGAGUGACGACGCGUUAUCAUUUUAUUUUCCUGUAUCGUUUCACCCGUGUACAGUCACGUUUCUCCUUUCUGUCGAUCGUAUCACCGCUGGUAAUUUUAUAUGAGUAUCGCGAGAUCGACCGCGUGUUCGCCGCGAGUGCGGUUUCGCGUGUGUACUGAGUGCGUGUAACCGCGUCACGUCUAGUUCGCCAGUGUGACGAGUGUGGCCGAUUCGGCAUGAACGCGAGCAGGGUAGUCGCACCGGUCCGAACCAUGUGGCGACAGGCACCGUAACGAGCUGACGACGACGACAUCCGCCGAUGGAGAUGGAUCCCUAUUCGGUUGGUUGGCCACCUCAAGGUCAUGGUGCCGGCAGUGCUAUCGGAGGGGCCGGCCUCGGUGGUAACGGCGGCAACCCGAACGAAGGUGCGAACACCAUACCGCGGUGCUGGAGCAGACCGUGCAGAUCGACCGAUCCCUCGCCGAUGCGACCGAUCGAGCACAGCAUGCGGUCUACCGAGUCGAUGAGGUCGAUGGAGUCGAUGAGAUCGAUCGACUCCGUGAUACGGCAACCAUCGGCCGAUCCCAUUCGUGGCUCCAUGGAGCAUCAUCCGUCGAGCCGAUCGUUGGAGGCGAUGAGCAGACCGCUCGACCAACAGAUACGCACCGAACAGCCGAGGUCAGCUGUCGAUCAUCCCGCGACAUCUUCCUCGAUGUCUUCCACGCCGAUGCGAGGCGGCCUCCUCGAGCAUCACGCGAUGCGAGCAAUAGAACAUCCUUGCAGGCUGAAGGAUCACGCUAGUUACAUGCACGAUCAUCACUUCGGCCGGAUGCACGACCACGGUUGCAGGUCGGUGGAGCACGUUUCGCGGAUGCUGGAGCAUCGACUCCACGAACAACAGCACCCUGGGAGGCCGCCGAUGGAACAGACGGGUUGUCGCCCGAUUGAACAUCCUCCUGUGAGACCGCCGCCAGUCAACUAUUCUUGUCGGCCCCUCGAUCACGCCCCCGGAAGACCUAUACCGAUGGACUGUGUCAUCUAUGGUCCCCAUUCUCAUCCGCCGCCAAGGUUACCGAGCGAGAGCCCGUUUCGCGUUAACUGCCCUGUGCACAGUCCCUUCCGUUAUAGAUUCCCGAACGGCGCUUCCGAUUACCAUUCACAGCACCAGCAGGCGCUUUUGCAAGCUCACGACGUAGCGGGACACGAGGUCUACGGCGAGGAAGCCACCAGAGUAACGCCGCCGCCGCUCCUCCCUUAUCUGAACGGGGGCGACGAUCUCGAGGGCCAAAAUGGUGACCUGGACCUCGAAAACGUAACGCGCGUCAGGCUGGUCCAGUUCCAAAAGAACACCGACGAGCCGAUGGGAAUCACUUUAAAAAUGAACGAGGAUGGGAAAUGCGUGGUGGCACGAAUUAUGCACGGCGGCAUGAUACACAGACAAGCGACCCUUCACGUGGGUGACGAGAUCAGAGAAAUUAAUGGGAUUCCGGUGGCCAAUCAAUCUGUCAAUGCCUUGCAAAAAAUACUCGUGAGUAUUAUUCGCAUCCUCAGCCGUAAAUCGUAUAUGAGCACAGUCAUGUCGACCAUUUCUUUCUUCAAAUUUAAAACAUAA